AUGAUUGAACAGGGCAAGAAUAUCAAACCAAUCUUGGACAUGUCAUCAAGUGCAUCAAUGUACAGUCGCCACUAUCUUGAUGAUGCUGCUCAAAUGGCAAUCAGAAUGAUGUCCCAAGAACCAUUCUCCCAACUAUUACAAUUCUGUAAGAGCAAUACAAUGCUACAGUAUAGUCUAAGGAGGAAUAAUAGGAGAUUGAUAAUGUCUUGUAUUACAGAGGAUAGUAUUGGAUGCUUUAAGGAGUUGUUGGACAAUGGUGCUGAUAUCACCAACAGUUCAAACACACAUGGUGUACUACUUAUGAGUACACUCACCAUGCGUCUGACCCUCUUUGAACAGAACACCAUCCUACUCUGUCGUCUGAUCGAUGACACGAACCUAAAGUCAUCCUACCUCUUCCUCGAUGCCAUGUGCCAACAACUAGCUCUAUUCUUGGCAGCAAUGGAUGGCAACGAAGAAGCUUUGACAUCACUUUUGGAGUCAAAGAGAGGCCACUCAUUGAUUAAUAGGAGAACGGGCAACUGGGAUAAUGGCAAGGAGGUGAUGCAGUUGGCCAGUACAUGCAAGUACAUUCAUAGGGAGUACCACAGAUACCAGUUCCCCAACAAGUAUCUAUCGGAGCGCGAACAACAACAGAUGAAGGAACGUGCUCAACAUGAGAGGGAUCUGCAGAAUCAGAACCUGGACAAGGUCAAGCUCAGACACUCGGAAUACAAGAUGAUCGAGAAGACAUUGAUGGACAUGCGCGAGCAUUGGCAACCGGAAUGGAGCUCAUUCACACUGUUACAUUGGGCGGCCAAGGGUGGACAUUUGGGAGCAAUUAAGUUGCUCCUGGAUCAUGGUGCGGCCAUCGACACCAAGACCAUUCACAACCGAUCGGCUAUGGAUAUCGCUCAGGUCAACAAUCACACAGACUGCGUUGGGUAUCUCCAACAGCGCAUGGAGUCGUCACAGUCACCCAAACACCUUGAUCAACUCAAACAAAUGAUUCAACAGAGUAAUGAUGAUCCAAGCGCACUCCAGGGACAACAGUACCAGCUUGGCACAUCUCAACUCAACAAGAUUGAUGUGAUCGAGCUUGUACGAGUGGCGAUCAGGUCCAAUCAUCCAAAUGUACUCCAACACUUGUACACUAGCAGUGCGCUCACAUCAGAUUGGACUGACAAUGAUGGCAACACACCUGUACACAUUGCCGCCUCGCUUGGCCUUGUUGAGUGCCUGACAAUCACCGCCCAAUACUCCAACGUGUGUGCAUUCAAUAAUGCACAUGAGACACCAUUGAUGGUGGCGAUCAUCAAUGGUCACAGUGGCCUAGUCGUUCAAACACUCGUUCAAUCGGGUGCACAAGUUGAGCAUCACCUAUGGUUCAACAGCAGGAACACCUAUCUCUUGAAGAAUGUACUGGACUCCAAGCAGCAACAGGUAUAUCUUUUGAUGUUGGAUGAUCUACCAUCAUUGCUACACACAGUUGAUCCACAUCGAAGGACUUUGCUUCAUCUCGUUGCUCUGUAUGGUGGUAUGGACCUGCUACUUCCUCUGAUCGAGUCGUUCAGUGACAGUUGGAGAGAGUGUGUCAAUGCCCGAGACUUGGAUGGCAACACACCAUGUCACCUGGCAAUCAAGAGUGACAACAUUGAAGUACUGGCAUACCUACUAGGCAAUGGCGCCAACAUACACAUGGCCAAUGUCACACGUACAACUCCUCGACAAAUGGCCAUCAUACAUGGCAAUGAGGUGUCAAUCAAUUUGAUUGAACAGCAUGGUGAUGAUUGUGAUGGACAGAAGAGUGAUCAGACAUCAUCAGUGAACAGUCUGUCACUGGACAGGGUGGAGCGCAGUGGAUAUGAAUGUAGAUCAUUGAUCAUGAAGAUGGGCGUCAAGGCCAACAAGUUCUUGGGUACAGAGGAGGGAAGCUACAUCUUUAAGAACUUCAUGCGCUACCUCAAGUACACCAAGCUCGAGGAGUACUUCAACAUGUUGCUCUCACAACACAUCCAAGUGGACCAAGCCAUUGCCAUCUUCAACGAGAUGCAUGUGAACAACAUCACAUUCUCAAACAUCUCUGAUGUCGAACAAAUAAUCAAUAUGCAUUUGUCAUUUGGACGAUAUGAUGUGUUGAUGGCAAUCAUGGAGAAUAUGGCGAUGUUCACGAUCUUUGGAACAAAGGUACUCAUGGUGAUUGGAGUGUGGCUUGUUACUUGUGAGAGUCAGUUGACGUUGGAGAGGAAUGGACAGUUCUUGCAACGAUUCUCUCAAUCACUGUCACCAGAUGGCACAAGAUAUCUAGAUCACAUCAUCAACUAUGACAGAGAUAUAUUACUUGGUCACUAUAUCGACCACUCAACACAACCAUUGGUUGGAGUGCAACCUGCAAGAUGCUUCAAUUUGGCCAUUCAAUCAGGUGCAUACAAGUGUGCAACUAUGCUGUUGGAACGAUUCCAUGAUGAUCUAGAACAUGAUCAUGUUAAUCAGUUAUCAAAGGAAACAAUCGAUCAACAACAGACACAUAUGCGCAAGGUGGCAUUCAGGAACAGAGAUCAGUUCAUUCAGUUGGCCGCCAAGUAUUUGAUCCCCUCACUAUUCAUUGAGGAGAUGACUCGCACAGCCAGCAACACAUCACAUUUUACCUACAUUGCAUUCUAUGAUGAGGGUAUCCAAAACAAUACAAAGGACAACGUUGAAGAUCGAUCAUUGGGUGAGGACCUUGGCCCCAACAACAACAAUGGUGGACAAUGUCCUGACUGCCACAAGGAUGUCGUUGACUUGGAUGACCAUGCUGUGGUGUGUCUUGAACGAGAAUGUACAUGCCCCAAUGCACAAGUGAGUGCCAUUAUCUAG